GAAUGGAAGUCGGAUGAUAAAAAACUCUGAAAGAUGAAGCAGCUGAAAGAAACAAAACAGAAGAAGGGAGAGAGAGAGAAAGAAAAAAGGAUUUUUCAGACAAGGUGAAAGGAGGAGGAAAAGUGUCCGACAGCUGCAGAAAGAGGGAGGAGGCUAAAACAAAUCAGAGCUGUGUAGAGGUGAACAAUAGAGCGAGAGUAGGUUGAAAGCAAUGUGAAAGGAGGAGAGAAGGUUGCUAUUUGAGUGAACACCAGAAGCUGUGUAUAUAUACAAUAAAACGGAGAGCUGGCUGAAAAGAAGAACGGGAUUUAUGAAGUGAAGUGAUUUGAAGUGGAGAUGAGUCUAACAGUGAUUCUGGCAGCUGUAGUGGGCUUCACCGCUCUGUCUUCUUGUUACUCGGGCGAGAACACCACAAGACCGGCCAUCACAACAGCUGAUCUGUCUCAGGUCAGAGUGUUCAAUGAGGAGAUGGUUAUAGGGCGAGGGGACACUCCAGACAUCAUUGAACCUGAACCCACCACUGCCGUCUCUGAAAUGGAGAGCACUUACAACUACAUCUUGUCUAGACUGGCAGCGAUGGAUCAGGCUAUCCACAGGCUCAAUGUGGGACAUUACACAUUGGACAUUAAAGUUACACAACUGUUGGAAAGAAUGUCUCGACUUGAGAAUAGAUUAGGCGACACUGAGGAUGCCAUUCAAGAAGUCUCGUCCUACUGCAAGGACAAUCGCAAAGAGAUCGGACGACUAGAGGGCUGCCAGAAAGGCCGUAAAAUGGGUUACAAAUGCUUCCUGGCAUACCGUGUGUAUGAGACCUACGCAGAUGCAUCCCAGAAGUGUCAGGAGCGGGGAGGACGCAUGGCUAUGCCACGAGAUCGCAAGGAGCAGGAAGCUUUGGCUGAAUAUGUGAAAUCAGUAUUCCACGGAAACUGGCCUGUGUGGCUUGGGAUCAACGAUGAGCGCUCUGAAGGCCUCUACCUGUUUGAGGACACAACUCGUGUCACUUACUUCCAAUGGAGGAAGCACUUCCUAUCAAGCCAGCCAGAUGGUGGGAAGCGAGAGAACUGUGUAGCCAUGUCCUCAGAUGAUGGAGACUGGUGGGACACCUACUGUGAAAGACGCAUGUAUUAUCUGUGUGAGUUUGAUGUUUGGCCUUGAUAAAUUCCUAAAUGGCUUCUAAUUGAAAUGUUCAAGAGCAGGUGUUAAAUGCUUUAAAAACAGUUGUUGCACAGGUAGAAUUAGGACCAGUGAAUUUAAUGAUCCCAUGAAAUGGUUAGAUAAAUGCAAUUUUCUUUCCUGUUGACAUUUUUCCUAUUGAAACGGCAAGUUGGAGCCAGACGUAAAUAGAGCGUAACCUCCUGUCCCCCUUGAGUCAAAAAGCAAUUCCAUUAUUACCAAAAAAAUUUCCCCUGUAUACAUGAAAAUAGUUAAUGCCUUUUAACUUACAUAUUACAUACAUGUAUCACAUUAUAUUACUGAAUCUAAAACAUGGUAAAAUUAAAAAUGUCUUUAAGCAUUUUCAGUUAGCAAGUAGUUAGCAAGUAAAGUAGUUAGCCUAUUAGCUCAAGAUAGGACACAGUCUUGAACAGACUUUGAGGAAAGGGGAUAGGAUUCACCAGACGGAUCGUAUAUUGUAGUGCAUAGAGAAGAGAAAUUCUGUAUAUAUAAAUGAUAAUAAAAAAAAAAAAAAACUUCUGCUAAAAGUUAACAAAAUAAAGAAAAUACGACAGCCUAUACUGUAGAAGACUUUAAAGCUAGACUUAAAUUCACAAAACUCCAUUAUUCAUGGGAUCUUGAAGCCGGUACUGGAAAUAUUUGUAAAAACAAAGGUUUGAAGAUCAUUGACAUAUGAAAACAUACUGAAAUAUAAUAAAUUAUUUCAUCUUUUUGAUGUUUAAUGUUUGUAUUAUUCCAAGGGUAGUCUACUUUUGCCCUGGUUCUGACAUUACAUUAGUGCUGUUUUAGACGUUUGUUUGUUUUCGUUUUGUUCUAAAAUUCUUUAGAAGUACAGCUUGUUGUUUCAACCCUUUAAAGUAUUUGCUUUCAAAGCUUGAAUCACUUGGCAACUACUGAAGCAAGUUAAAAUUGAAAAAAGACUCUUGAGCUAUGCUGAAAGGUGGAUAAAUCUCCAUUCUCAUUCUGGACGACAUGCAUCUCUUUAUUCAGUGUGGAUUUCAAUAAUCAUAUAUUUUAAAUCUGUUAUACAUUCUAUUUUUAUUUUUGUUAACAUUUAACAUUCACAGGAAAUAGUAGUCAAACAGCUCAAUAAAAUUAUUUCACUUUA